AUGGGAAAAAGAAAGAAAUCUUCAAGAAAACCGGCUCCAAAAAUCAAAAGAAAAUUAUCAACAACUUUUUCAUGUUUGUUUUGUAAUCAUGCUGAUUCAAUAAUAUGUACAAUUGAUAAAAAGACAAAUAUAGGAAGCUUGAAUUGUAAGAUAUGUGGACAAACAUUUCAGACUCCAAUUCAUACUUUAAGUCAGCCAGUUGAUAUUUAUGCUGAUUGGGUUGAUGCAUGUGAAGAAAUAGCUGAAGAAACUAAUGAUAUGAAUUAUAAUAAUAGUGAUGAUAAUCUAAGCAAUAAUCUCGACAAAAAUUAUUCUAUUGACCAUGACAACGAUCGCUCUAGUGAUAUAGGGAAAAAUACAAAACCUGGAAGAUUUGAUGAUCUUAGUGAAAUAGACGAAUCUGAUGGAGAUUAUGUAGAUGAAUAA